AGCGCAACAAAAUUUUAGACCUACCAGCCGCGCGAUAUCUGGAUUGUGGCAGUUAUUAGCAUCGACACUACAACAAGAUUGCAAGCUUAACGAACCAACAUGACGCCACUCAUCCCCAUUUUCUUCCUUAUCAUUCUUGCCCUUGUGGCAGUCGCCAUUUACGAGCACGUCAACAGCGUCACCCUCUCCCUACCGCUCUCACCAGCCCUCACUUUCCUCACGAUCCUCGUGCCUCUCCUCACAGCUGGCAACGUCCUCGCCCUGCCUUACCUUGCGCGCCAGUCCGCCCGCGCCGCUCCCAACAACCCUGCCCUCUUCAGAGUCACGGGCCCCAUCGUCCUGCAGGUGCUCCAGGCCAUUCUUACCACAGUCCUAGCCACUCUGUUCGCUACAGACAUUGUGCCUAGCGCCUCGAGUGACUGCGAAUUGUCCACGCGAUGGCAGCACCUCUUCCGCGCCAAGGACGCCGAUUCCGUCCGCGCUAUUCAGGAAGCCUUCCAGUGCUGCGGCUUCCGUAGCGUGCACGACAUGGCGUGGCCUUUCCCGCCGGCGGCUAUUGAGUGUGCUGCGCGGUUCGACCGGGCAUUGGCUUGUCGUGGGCCGUGGGCUGAUGCGCUACGCAAGAGCGCGGGGGUGAAUUUUGGGGUGGUGGUUGCUGUGGGCCUGUUGCAGGUCUUGAGUAUUGUCCUCGCGAGGCGGUAUGCUGGACGGAAUUCGAGGUUCUCGUGGAGUGAUAUUCUAUCACGGCACGGGGCACGGGGCCAUGGCCCAGUGGGAGGUUCAGCCUCUCGACCGCUACUGACUGAUAAUACUGCACAGAUCCAGGAGGUGGAUGAAGAGGUUGGAGAGACGGAACAGGAGAAUGAGAGGAGAUAUGGUGCGAUUGAGGGUGGCGGUGAAAGGGGCCCCAGGGUUGAGCCUUCUAGUCUCUUUUCAGCGCAGAAUGAUUGGCGAGAUGACUGAGUUUCUUUGAACCUUGGCUCUCAUAACAAGGGAUCCAGCGGAAAUAAGGUACCGAAGGUACCGGUCUGCUUUGAAUCAGCAGCAACGUUUGGUCAAGUAAGGAGGAGAUGACGGCAGAGAAUGCGGGCGUCAGCGUACUUUGGCUCAGAUGUAGUCAUUGAUCAGGAUAAAAAGAGAAGAGAGAGGGACGGAGGGGAGGGAGGGCUCGUCCUCUAGUAGGUGAUUACCUGGGAGAAUCAUUCUUAUGUACAGUCAAAGAGUCCAUCAUGAAUCAGGGGCUGCCAUUGCUGGGCUGAUUGUCAAGAAGCUCAGGAGCAUUGAUCAAAAUGCAUAGCGUCAAGUCAACAAG